AUGUCCAAGGUUACUAUUCUCGGUGCAGGGAUUGUCGGCAUGGCGGUUGCCAGUAUGCUUUCGAGAUCGCACAAAGUGACCAUCGUUGCUCGAGACCUCCCUGGAGAUGACGAAACCCAGAAUUGGGCUAGUCCCUGGGCCGGCGCCGUCUUCCUCGGAUUGGAUGGUUCCACGCCCAGAGAACAGAAGAUGCAGCAUGACACAUUCGCCUACCUGUGGGCGCUUGCGGCGAGCAACCCGGAGUCUAGUGUCAGGAGGAUUGAGAUGAAUGACUUACAAGAUGAGACGACCCUGGACAAGAUCUGGUACCGUGAUUUGAUGCCCGAGUUCCGCGUCAUGGCGAAAGAGGAGCUCCCCCAAGGUUGUAUCCUGGGCAUGUCAUACAAGACAGUUGUCAUUACCCCGCCCGUUUUUCUCUCGUGGCUGGCGCAGAGAUUGAAGGACAGCGGUGUCACCUUUGUCCGCAAGUCCGUCGACUCUCUGGCCGAGCUGAAGGGAUUUGGCCAUGAUGUUCUCGUCAACGCCACGGGAUGCGGGUCCAAGUUUCUGCAUGACGUUUCCGACCAUAAUGUACAGCAGGUCCGCGGCCAGACCAUCCUUGUCAAGACCGACUUCAACAAGAUCGUCAUGAGGCACGGACCGGACUACACCUACGUUAUCCCACGUCUGGACGGAACGGCCAUCUUGGGAGGGAUCAAGCAGGUCAAUAAGACCGACCCCCACGUGGACAUCGAUAUCAGAAACGAUAUUCUACGGCGCGUACAUGAGAACGCUCCCAGCGUCUUCAAGGGAGCAAAAGUUGAAAACGUGGAGAUCAUUCGCGACAAUGUCGGUAUUCGUCCAGCCAGAGUUGGUGGAGUUCGGGUUGAGAAGGAGGUUGCUGAUGGGCAGAACAUUGUCCACGCAUAUGGAACUGGGGGCGGUGGCUACGUCUUUAGCUUUGGCGUGGGAAGGGCCGCAGGUACACUGGUGAAUGACUUCUUGUUCGCGCCACCUGUGGCAAAAUUGUAG